UGUUUUAUUUAUUGGUAGUAUUACCAGUACCCCUCACUCCCUUAGAAGAACAACUCCAGCCCCAACACCACCAUCCCUUCCAGCAGCCCACUCCAUAAAAUCUCAAAGAAGGCUGCUAAACCUAAAGCUGUGAGAAAGCUGACUCCCUGUGUGUGAGAGAGAACUGUUCCAAACUGAGACCCCCCCUCCCCCCCCUCCCCCCAACCAAAAAAGGAAAAAAGAGAAAAUCUUAGAGAGACCUUUUCUUCAUCUCCAGCUGUAUUAAUUCUAUCUUUUUUUUUUUCUUUUUAAUCUGUAUCCCCUCACCUCAUAUUGCCAAAGAACGGAUCCAUUCCCUAAUCCCCACACCUUAUUCCAUGAACCAUGUACAUAGCUUCACAUAGCGAGAAAAAAACCAUAGAUUUGAAUUAACCAAGCUAGAUAGAAAUAGGGAAGAUGUUGGACCCUCCUUCACCAGCUCCGCCGCAACCUCUCAGCAUCAACACCUCCUCCAUCCCUCCUGAACCCUUCCCUCCAUUGUGUAAUGUCAAUACGACCAAGAAAAAGAGAAGGCCGGCCGGCACUCCAGACCCUGACGCCGAGGUGGUAUCCCUGUCGCCGAGAACAUUGCUGGAGUCGGAUCGAUAUGUUUGCGAGAUCUGCAACCAGGGAUUCCAGCGCGACCAGAACCUGCAGAUGCACCGGCGGCGGCACAAGGUGCCAUGGAAGCUGCUGAAGCGGGAGGCCACCGAGGUGCGGAAGCGGGUCUUCGUCUGCCCCGAGUCGAGCUGCCUGCACCACGACCCCUGCCACGCCCUCGGCGACCUCGUCGGCAUCAAGAAGCACUUCCGGCGCAAGCACAGCAACCACCGGCAGUGGGUUUGCGCCAAGUGCUCCAAGGCCUACGCCGUCCAGUCCGACUACAAGGCCCACCUCAAGACCUGCGGCACCCGUGGCCAUUCUUGUGACUGUGGCCGUGUCUUCUCCAGGGUGGAGAGCUUCAUAGAGCACCAAGACGCAUGCAAUGCCGGCCGAGCCAGAGCCGAGCUUCAGACACUCCAGCCUGCAUGCCUAUCAAGGACUGCGUCAAGCCCGAGCCGAUCGAGCGACACCAACUUCAGCCAAGCAGGCUGGCCUGGCCUGCCAAUGCCGAAUCUGGCCACCAUCUUCCUCCACAAUGACCAAAUUCCCUCCCCUCAGUCUGAUCAUCGCCGCACCCACCACACUGAGCUCCAGCUUCUACCCCCAUCCAAUACCAAGUCCACAAGCCUCCCCUCACCCAUACUCUCUCCUACCUCCCACGAAGCACAUGCCACCAAAUUGCAGCUCUCCAUCGGCCCCGGCGGUGAUCGGGCACCUCCUGAGGAGCCAGGAUCGGCCGCUGUGAGGUUCAAGGAGGAGGCAAGAGAGCAACUAAGGCUAGCAAUGGCCGAGAAGGCAUUGGCAGAUGAGGCGAGGCAGCAAGCAAAGCGGCAAAUAGAAUUGGCUGAGCAAGAAUUCGCGAAUGCUAAGAGAAUAAGGCAUCAAGCGCAGGUGGAGAUUAAUAGAGCGCAUGCUCUUAGGGAGCAUGCAGUGAAGCAAAUCAACUCGACAUUGCUCCAGAUUACAUGCUAUGCUUGCAAGCAGCAGUUCCACGCCAAGCCUAUCAUGGCCUCUGAUGAGAAUUCUCUAGUUGCGAGCUAUAUGUCUUCGGUGGUGACCGAAGGUGAGGAGGAGAAUGAUGACCAGAACCAGCUGCAAAAGAUUUCUAGCACAUAGUUGCUAAUAUCUAUUUCAACCCAAAUCUCUUUCUUUUGAGUAUACUGGGUCAUGUAAUUAGGUAUAGUGAUGUUUGGAUUUUCAAAAUUUCAAGGGGUCUUGUGACAUGGAAUGUUUUAUGUUGUCCCUUUUUCUUUUGACGAUGAUGAUUUUAUGAUGGCUUACCCCUUUCUUUUUGUAUUAGAAUCUCUUAGGGUGGGCUUGUAAUUUGCAAAGAUUACCGAAAUAUAUUAGAAAAAUCCUCAUGCAAUCU